AUGGCACCUCAUCACAUAAUAAACCCUGGUCAAAUGCCCAUGCAAAUGCAAAUGGUGCAACCAAUUGCGAGCUCUCCAUCUGCAGGCAAUUUGUCGUUAGAACACAAUGCUCGGGCGCAGUUGUUCCAUGGCCGUGCAGGGAUGAACAAAACCGGCGAAAAUGGUCCCGGAAGGCUGGUGAAUGGUCACGAUCAGGCUGGAGUUCCUAACGGUGCACGACGCUCGCAAUCUCAACAACAGAGUGAUGCUGCGGAAGAGGAACGGAUAGCAGAGCUUGUCAAAAAGGCAAGAUCGCCUCGAUUUGUCGUGGCACAGGGUGAGAGUCAGAAAGCAGCAGCUGCUGAACAAAAAGCAAAAUUACCUCGCAAAAAUCGGCGUAAAACUGAUCUUAGUAAAGAGGCUAGUCCACGUGACGAUGAGGAGCCCUUUAUUGUCGACGGUGAGAAGCGUUCAAUUUUUUUUAUUGGAAGAAUGGUUGCGUGA